UAUCAGUGAAGUUUUGAUAAUCUAAAGCUUAACAAGUUCCAGUAAAGCGAAAACUAAAAAUGUUUUUUAAAACAAUCAUCUUGAGUAUUGUCUUGGUCUCCUUGGCAGUUAGAGAAACUUCUGGCGGUGGAUCAUCAACGGCUCCUCCAAGUGAUUCAUCGCCGGUGUCAAGUUCGUGUGAAUAUAUUGAUAUCGCCUACAUAAGAGAUAAAGUUGAGAAACUUUAUGAAAUUUUCGGAAAUAUUCAAACAAACAUUGAUGAAACUUCUGACAUGAUCUCUGGAAGUGUGACUAGCAGCGAAAAUAUUGGACAACUUGUUUAUGAUCAUCUCGAAAUCGUUCAACAGCUUUUCUUGGAAUUCUUAAACAAAUUGCAGGAAUUGUAUGAUGAAGUUGAAGGUUGGACUCCUUGUAACCCUGACGAAGUUAGAGAUGCUGUCCCUGUUUUCAAUAUCAGAAUUAUUUUCGUUGCUUUCAUCAUUGAAGUCCAAACUUGGGCCCAAGAAAAUAGUCCUGAUAUGGCUCCUCAAAUCACUGAAAUAACAGCAAAAUUGGGAAGUGAACUUAAGGAUAUUCCUGAAGCAGCUUAAAAUGAAGUCAUGAACUAAGAAAAAAAAUUAGAUUUGUUUCUUUUAUAACAAUUGGCAAAAGUAAAGUUUUGGAACUAAAUUUGAUAAACACUUUUCGAAAUCAACAACUUCAACUGUCACUUUCAAGUCAUGAAAUGAAAUUUUGAAAUAACAACAAACUUUUUUAUGCAGGAGUCAACGAAUUUAAAUUUAAUUCGUUAAAUUUUCAUACUAAGCUUUUCCGCGAAUCGUAUAAAAUAUUCACAUUUCGAAUUCAAUUCUAUUUUCAAUCAGGAACAAUUUUCUAUGAAAUAUUGGAGAACUCAUUGACGGAAAACUUGACGACAUUUAAAAAUUUUCUUAGUUUUAGUACAGAAAUCAAGUGAAAUGUAAGCUUAAAACGAAUCAUUUAAUGCUGACACAAAACAUAAUCCCAAAUGUCAAAACUGAAUGCUGUCAUUUAU